AAAUGUCGUUAUCUGUGACACAUAGCUGGCAUGCAGAUCUGAAUGGAACUUGAGAGCCAUGUGUAGAUAUUGUGCCAGAUAUCGUACAUCACUGUGGUUCCUGCCUGCUCCUGAGUUCAGUAUCCUCAGCAUCUGGAAAGAGCAACUCUAUCACAUUCUUUUCUUUCAGAAAAGGGAACUGAGAAAACUCUCUCUUGCUUUAAAGGUGUUGGCCAGAACAUGCCUUGCAACCUGGAAUCAGCGAAGGACUUGCUUGUUUUCUUAGGGAAGUCACUGUUGAGUAUUUUGGAGGCUCUACUUUCUCAUGUCAUCUCAAAACCACGGAAGAAUGUUGCUGGCGAAGUAGUCCUCAUCACAGGUGCUGGGAGUGGACUCGGAAGGCUUUUAGCAUUGCAGUUCGCCCGCCUGGGAUCAGUGCUCGUUCUUUGGGAUGUGAACAAGGAGACAAAUGAGGAGACCCGUCAGAUAGCUCAGGAAGCAGGAGCCAUCAGAGUGCAUGCCUACACCUGUGACUGCAGCCAGAGGGAAGAAGUAUACAGAGUGGCCGACCAGGUUAAGAAAGAAGUUGGUGACGUCUCUAUCCUCAUCAACAAUGCUGGCAUUGUAACAGGCAGAAAGUUCCUCGAUUGCCCAGAUGACCUCAUGGAAAAGUCACUUGAUGUCAAUUUCAAAGCACAUUUAUGGAUGUAUAAAGCCUUUCUACCUGCCAUGAUUGCUAACAACCAUGGCCAUUUGGUUUGCAUUUCAAGUUCGGCUGGAUUGAUUGGAGUAAAUGGGCUGUCAGACUAUUGUGCAAGUAAAUUCGCAGCCCUUGGAUUUGCAGAAUCUAUGUUUGUCGAAACACUUGCCCAAAAACAAAGGGGGAUCAAAACUACUAUUGUGUGCCCAUUCUUUAUAAAAACUGGAAUGUUUGAAGGUUGCACUACUAAGUGUCCUAAUCUGUUACCAAUUCUGGAUCCAGAAUAUGCAGUUAGGAAAAUAGUAGAUGCUAUCCUUCAGGAGCAGCUGUACUUGUAUAUGCCCAAGUUUUUAUACUUCAUAAUGUUUUUAAAAAGCUUCUUGCCCAUCAAGACAGGAAUACUUAUAGCUGACUACCUAGGACUCUUUCAUGUGAUGGAUGGCUUCACUGGUCAAAAGAAGAAAUCUUAAUGAUAACCCCUAUGCCCUGUGUUUUCUGAGACCCAUUGCUACGUCAGGCUUACUUCAAAGAAGAAAGGUAUUUCUGUCCGACAGAACCCAAAAACAAAUAUGUUCUACUGUGGACCAUGAUCCUUCCAGUGUCAUUUGAAUACAAUGUUACUGUUUUUUCUUUUGUUGUCGUUGUUGUUGUUGAAUGUAUUUUUUGUUUAGUUUUGGAAAAUAAAAGUAGCUCUUUGUCAUUCCCACUUCAACAACUAU